AUGAUAGCAAUGAGCCCAUUAUUUCGUUUUUCAUUUUUUUCAUUUUUCAUCUCAAUCAUUCCUUUUUAUUAUUCAUUUUGUAUAAUCCGAACCCAUUCUUUUCUCCUUCAUUUCUUAUUUUUGAUUUUUCUCCAUUCUAUUUUCCUUUUUCAUUAUCUAAACUCAUUCUUCUCUCAUUCUUGCUUUCUCAUUUUUCAUCUGACUCAUUCAUUUUUACUUUUCCUUUUUCAUUACCUAAACUCACUUUUCCCUCUUUCCUCUUCAUCUCGCUCAUUCCUUUUUUUCUUUUCUUUUUUAUUAUUUAUACUCAUCCUUCCCUCUUUUUUUUUCAUUUUUUUCUCGCUCAUUCCUUUUUCCAUUUCUUUUUCAUUAUCUAAAUUAAUUUUCAUUUUUCUAUUCCCUCUUUCUCUUUUAUCUUUCAUUCCACGCAUUCUUUUUUUUCUUUUUCUUUCCUUAUCUAACUCCUUCUUCUUUCUCAUUUUUCUUUUAUAUUUUUCUUUUUCUAUCAUCGUUAAUUAUCUAAAUUCUUCCUACUCUCUUCAUCUUCUUCCUUCCUUCCUUCUUUCCUUCCUUCCUUCCUUCCUUCCUUCCUUCCUUCCUUCCUUCCUUCCUUCCUUCCUAGUUUUAUUUCUUUCUUUCUUCUUCACUAAUAUGUCUUCUUUCUCUACCCUCUUAAUUCUUAGCUUCAUACGUUUCCAUUUUCAUUCUUUUUUCUUUUCCUUUUUCAUUUCUUCUUCUUCUUCUUCUUCUUCUCUAUAUAAUACUCAUUAUAUUUUUCUACUCCUUUCAUUUUCACCUCCUCCUUUUUCUUCCUUUUGA